CUGCCCCCACCAGAACUGAACUGCCCCCACCAGUCCUGCCCCAGUGAAGCACUCCUCACUCUGAGCUGGUGGGACAGGGAGGCAGUAGCAGUAGGUCUUCCUCUCUGGACUUUAGGAAGUUGGGGAAUGUUUCGGUAAAGUUUCGGGAACUUUUUAAACCGUUAAUCUCCAGGCGGGACUCAGUGUCCGUGGUGUUCUGGCUCCAGCGCAGGUCCGUUACUGGAAUUAUCCGGAAGUUCUGCCGGUUGUUUUUGGGUGAAAGUUGGUGAUCAUGUACAGCAUGAUGGAGCACGAGGUCUCCAUGAAGGGUCCGAUGUCGGUCCAGCAGCCGCAGGGGCCGCAGGUGCAGCAGCAGCAGCCCGGGCAGGGCGUCCUGAUGGUCCCAGGACCCGGGGGAACCCACGGCGGGGUCAGUAAAGGGGCUCUGCACAGUCAGCACAAGGUCGCCCCCGACCCCCUGGAUAAGGUCAAGAGGCCCAUGAAUGCCUUCAUGGUGUGGUCCCGCGGUCAGCGCCGGAAGAUGGCCCAGGAGAACCCGAAGAUGCACAACUCAGAGAUCAGCAAGCGACUUGGCGCCGAGUGGAAGCUGCUGACCGAUGCCGAGAAGCGUCCCUUCAUCGACGAGGCCAAGCGUCUGCGGGCGCUGCACAUGAAGGAGCACCCGGACUACAAGUACAAACCCCGCCGCAAGAGCAAGCCCGCCCUGAAGAGGGACAACCCGGCGGCCAAGUACCCCCUGAGCGGGGCAGGGCUGGUGCCCAUGCAGGGGACCGGGGGCAGCCCGCGGAUGGACGGUUACGGCUGGGGUCCCGCCGGCGGGUACGCCACCGUGCAGCCGGACGCCCUGGGGUACGGCCAGCAGCUUCACCGCUACGAGCUGCAGGGCCUGCAGUACCCCGGCACCAUGGCGACCGCCCAGGGAUACAUGAACGGAGGGAACGCCUAUAGCUCCAUGUCUUAUGGCUCCUCCUCCCAGCAGUCUGUGGUAUCCAUGGUGAAACCCGACGCAGUGUCUCCGCCCCCAACGGCAGGCUCCGCCCCCCAGCGUAGCACGUUACACACCGACCUGCGGGACAUGAUCAGCAUGUACAUCCCCAGCCCCGGCGACACACACACCGCCGACACACACUCGCAGCGGGGCUACGCCGCUAACAUCCAGCAGCAUUACCUCGCCGGGACCACGCCCCUAACUCACAUCUGAGCCACGCCCACCACCCCAUCCGCCACGCUGAUGGGUCACGUGACUUUACGAGCCUGAACUGAUUGGGCCUCUGGUAGCGAAACUUUCUGGCAUCGUUACGCCAAGCGUCAAUCAAACUGUUGCAUCAGUACCGAUGCUAAGCAUGAAGCUAACGGCAAAAUGCUAGCAUGCUAGGCUAUGCUAGGAUGCUAGCGCAACACACACUCUAGUUUGUUCACUAGUUUGGUGUGGAUUGGUCACGGCAAAGCAAGGCAUCACACUGAUUGGUCAACUGCUGCUCAUUUGCAUUAUUUGCAUUCUUGUGUCAUUUUAAACGAAGCGAAACUAUUGGCUAACAAGUAAUAAAAAUAAAAUAUAAUUUUUUUAAGUGCGCAAAACAUUAAAACACUACAUACAGCAGAUUAAGGCUAAGCUGCAUUCCCAUAUGGAAAAUAAAUAUAUAUUUUUGAACUAUUCAAAUAUAUUCCAUAUCAAAUAUAUACAGUUCACAGAAUAAUUGUUUUUUCAGAAUAUGUGUUUAAUACCUGAACAUAUUUAACAAUAAAUUUAUUUUAAAAUAUGUGAGAAAAUAUUAAACAUAGAUAUAAAGCAUAUCUUAAAGUACAGUAUUAUCAAAUAUAUAUUUAACAGAACAUAGCAAACAAAAAAUGUAUUUUGAAAUAUAUUCAUUGGCAUAU